AUGCGUGCCGAUCGUUUAGUUUUCAUCGGUUCAGUCGAGAAACAUGAAAUUCCUGGCAGUGCUCGCUCUUGUCGUGGUUGCCGUUUCGGCUUCCGCAAUCCCCCAGCGUGAGGAGCGCGUCAUCGGAGGUUCCAUUGCCUCGGCCGGCGAGUUCCCGUACUCCGUUGGUCUGAUCACCCGCAUCAACAUCCUGCUGUCCGGACAAUGCUCUGGCUCGCUGAUCUCGUCCCGUUUCAUCCUGACUUCGGCUAGCUGCGUCAGUGGAAUCCAGAGUGCCGUUGCCGUUAUGGGAGGUCUUCGCAUCAACGAUUCCACCGAGCCAGGCCAGGUGCGCAUGACUGUCAACGAAUUCAUUGUCCACUCCGGCUAUGAGGAGGGUAUGGAGAACUUCGAUGUUGCCUUGGCCGUUCUGCCAUCGCCAGUUACCUUCAGCGACAACAUUCGUCCAGUGCGCCUGCCAAACCGUCGCCAGGUGGAUGCCACUUUCAACGGACAGCAGGGUACCUUCAUUGGAUGGGGACGCUUCGGAGACGGAACUAGCAACUCCGAUGUGCUGCGUUUCGGUCGUUCCCAGGUCAUCACCAAUCUGGCUUGCCGUCUGAGUCUGCCGACCAACACCAUCUUGGACGAACACAUCUGCACGACAGGUAUGGAUCUUGCUGCCAAUACCGGAUCGCCAUGCCAGGGAGACAGCGGAGCCCCAUUGACCGUCACUGACGCCGACGGAAUCACCACCCAGGUUGGUGUGUUCUCGUUCCACUCGAUCUUGGGUUGCGACAGUGGCCGUGCCGCUGUCUUCACUCGCAUGUCUGCCUACCUCAACUGGAUCGACCAGAACUCGGAUGUCGAAAUUGCAGAUGACUUCUAAAUUAUCCAUUAAUGAGUAUAUAUUGUGAUCUUCAGAAUUAGUCAAAAUAUAUGUGUCGUUAUCUAAUGUUUA